AGUUGACUCCCUGACUACUACUCUUUAUAAUCUGUACCUCGUUUAGCAAGACGUGUGUGCUUUUAGUAGAAAUUUUUCGCAAUAAAUGUGUGUGAAAUAUGGCAGAUUCCGAGGUAUUAAAAAAAUUGAAGGAUAUACCAUUUAAAAUCCAGACCGCAAGUUUGAAAGGAAGACGAGAGGUUGUAGAAGAAAUUCGAAAUGUAUUAUCUACACCUGGUAUCACAGAGCCUGCAGUACGGUUUGUGUGCCGCUUGCUGAUACUAACUCUGCAUAGAUAUCGGGACUCAACUUCACAAUCAUAUGUAAAAAGCCUAGUUACCUACCUAGCUGCAAAUCAUAGAGAAUGGACUUUAAAAGGCUUGUUGCCUGUCUUACUAGAAGUUUCAGAACAAUUAAAAAAUACAUCAUCAUCCAAAAGCAUUUGUCAAAGUGGUUUAUAUGCCCUGCGCUGGUCGACUGUUCUUGUUGAUGGCACACUGAAAGUAGCGGAGGAAAAUGGAGUUGACUACAAUUCCCUUGUCAUCUCUCAAGCCAACCUCCUUGCAGCUAUUGUUGCUCACGGAGACUAUAAGAAGAGUGAUAAAGCUUAUUCUAUGCUACAUACAUCAUGGGUGGCCAUCGGUAAAGAGAAGUUGUCAAAGUGGAUGGAGGUAUUACUGGCGACGCCGCCGGACUCUGGGCCACACGUGUGCGUCAUCUUCUCAGUGCUCUGCCGCCAUCUCAAGCAAAUCGGCGACGACGCCAGUAUUGAACAACAUAAGACAAAAAUGCUAGAAAGCUUCACUAAAAGCGUGAUCAGCGUGAAAUGUCGGCCAAACGCUAACUACAUCAAGGGUUGCCACGACCUGCUGAGUCAACUGAGUGCGGGCGACGUGCGCGACGCGCUGCUGCCAGCCCUGCACAAGGCCAUGCUGCGCAGCCCUGAGACUAUUGUACAAGCUGUUGGCGAGGUCUUCGCCUGCCUUAAUGUCGAGUUGGAUGGAUUAGCAGUGGACAUCGGAAAGAGCCUGAUUGUGAACUUGCACUCAAAGGACGAGUGGGUUCGGGCCUCAGCCCUGGUGGCUCUAGAGCGUCUGGCGGCGCGCUGUUCGCAGGCCGCGGCCGCGCGCGCGCUGCUGGCGCACGCCUUCGCCGCGUACAACGGCGUCGGCGGCAAGCUCACCUCCAGCGAGGACAAGAUCGCCGUGCUCAUGGGUGUGAGCACGUUGAGCGCACUGCCAGUCCAGGGCGAGGCGCGUCAGGAGCUGUUCGCAGAGGCCAGCACGCAGCUGGCGCGAGUGCUUGACAGCGAGUCCCACGAGCGCACGCUGUGUGUGGCCAUGGACACGCUGCAGCGGUGGGCCGCGCCGCACACACCCAUGCCCGACCAGAUACUCAACAUCUUCAAGAAAAACCUUUCCGCGAAGAGCACGACGCAGGCGGUGCGCACCUCGUACGUGAGCAUGGUGUCGGCCACCGUGAGGCGCUCGGGCUUCACGCCGGCGCAGGCCGAGACCCUGCAGCCCGUACUCAUCAAGGCUGUGGAGAAGGCCGUGCAGCAGCCGCUACAGCUGCAGGUGGUGGGCGAGGGCAUCUGCGCCAUGCUGGGGCUGGCGGUGCUGGACGUGGCGCGCGAGCUGGCGGCGCGCGGCGCGCUGUGGGCCGCGCUGGUGCACGCCGAGCGCCACGUGCUGCUGCACGACCGCGCGCUCGCCGCGCAGCCCGACGAGGUCCUAAUACAGGUGGUGAUGCUAUGCAGAACAGUACUAGAAAACUACCCCAGUGUUGCAAGCGAACAAAACUCCCCGGUUUACAGAGCCUUCAUAUUAGUUCUCCUAUCACCAAUCAAGGCCGUCCGCAACGCUGCUAUAUCGGAAGUUAAAGAACUGCUUGCCAAAGAAGAUAGGAUCUUAUUGGCGAAGAAUUUAGCUCUGAAGUUGAAUGAAGUGCUAGAUGAGGGAAAAGUACUGGGAAGCAAGGAAAAGACACCCACAGCUGAUGACAAAAGUACUGGUGAAGUAACCGGCAAGAUUAUUCUAGAUUGCGUUCACGCGAUCUGUGCGUUCAGAGAUUACCAAGAAAAGGACUCCCAGGAGCUUGCCAUCGCGAUCUUGCCGAGCUGCCACCAGCCGCUGGUGUGGGCGCUGGAGCGGCGCGCGUGGGUCAAGCUGCUGCGCUACCUGCGCCACGAGCCGCGCCAGCUGCUGCAGCUCUACUCCAACAACCUCAAGAACACGUACAUCGCCGGCUUCGUGCCCACUGAGGCCAUGACGAACGUGGUGUCGACGCUGGUGAGCGUGAACGCGGAGGUGGUGGCGGGCCCCGCCCUGCAGGCCGCGCUGGACACGCUGCAGGACCCCGAGCUGCUGCGGGUCACGCGCGACGAGUACUUCACCUACCUCAUGCCCGACGGCGAGCUCUACGACAAGAGCGCCGUGCCCGGCAAUGAGGACAGCAAAGAGAUGAAUCUUAAGCGCGAAAGUAAAGCUUACAGCUAUAAGGAGCAGCUGGAAGAGUUGCAGCUGCGUCGCGAACUCGAGGAGAAGAAGAAACGAGAGGGCAAGAUUAAAGAGGUGCCUUUAUCAGCUAAACAGAAGGAAGCAAUAAAAGCACAGUUAGCGAAAGAGUCUGCGAUACGACAAAGACUGAGUGUGUGGGACCGGCGCGUGGCGGCGGCGCUGCGGCUGCUGGCGGGCGUGGCGCGCGGGCGCGGCGCGGCGCUGGCGGCGGGCGCGCGGCGCGCGGUGCCGGCGCUGCUGGGCGCGCUGCGCUGCCCGCUGGCGGCGCCGCGCCUGCCGCCCGCGCUGCAGCUGCUGCGCGCCGCCGCGCUGCCCGCGCACCCGCCGCUCGGGGACCUCGUCUACAGGCUCACCAUACGGUCAGCUUCAUCAUUACCUACUCUAUUUAACAACCAAUCUUUAUAUUUUGUCUUGUUAAACAUCCAAAUUUUAAUAAAAACUCAAUUUCCAUCCACCCAAAAAUACUUCUAUUUACCCCAUUUUACCUUUCUAACUUAUCAAUCUACUAUUUUAGUAACAAAAUAUACCUUAAAACUACAUACAUAUAACAAUGUAACCUAUCUGCAAUCCUACAGCCUGCACAAGCCACAGUGUGACUUAGAACCGAGCUGGGAGGACGACGAGCUGGACGGCGCCACCAUCCGCACCAUCAACAUGAUCCACGCCGUCACCACCGCCAACAAGUCCACACAAGAUGAUGAUGACGCACCACACAAGACUAACCACUUCACCGCACCAGGGUUCUGUUAUGCCUUCCCCUUACUGAAAAUUGGUCUAUCCGGGUCUGCGGGCCGCUCCGACGAGACGAUGAUGCUCAACGGUCUGGCUGUCAUCGAGCACCACAUGUCGCUGCGAGUUGACGACGAGUUGAUGCACCCAGCGCUGUUCCCGAUCGACCACAUCUUCAGGCUGCUCAUAGAUCUCAUCAGCAGCACGAGCGGGCGCGUGCAGGCGGCCUGCACGGUGUCGCUGCUGGAGACCGCGCAGUGCGUGGCGCGCGCCUCGCUGUCGCUGGACGACGUCACCUGCCUCAUGGCCGGCCUGCAGAACCCGCUAGAGGUAGUUCGUGACGCAGCCCUUCGCGCUUUACUGUGUGUGGUAGAGUGCCUCCCGGCAUUGCUUGAAGACCCGCAGUAUGCUCUGACGCUUACCAAACGACUACUCAUCGCCAGCUUCGAUAUCUCUGAGGAUAAUAAGAAAUUAGCCGAGGAUCUUUGGUCGAAGUUGCCUCUUGCUCAACAAUGGAGUCGCGAGCCAGAGUUAGUAGAAUUACUGCUGGAGGAAGUGCAGCACCCCUCCGAGCCCGUCCAGCGCGCGGCGGCCGCGGCGCUGGCGCACCUGGUGGAGCGCGACGGGGACCCCGACGCGGCCGAGCACGUGCUGCAGAGGCUGCAGGACAUCUACUCCGAGAGGCUACCGCUGACGCCGGCGCGCCUGGACCAGUUCGGGCACGUGGUGGCGGCGGCCGUGGACGCGUGGGGCGCGCGGCGCGGCGUGGGGCUGGCGCUGCACGCGCUGGCGCCGCGCCUGGCCGCGCGCGCCGUGCCGCCCGCCAUGCGCUUCCUGGUGGAGCGCGCGCUGGCCGACCGCCACGACACCGUGCGCGCCGAGAUGCUCAACGCCGCCAUGGCCAUCGUCGACCUGCACGGGAAGGAAACCCUGAGCAGUCAAUUACCAGUGUUCGAAAACUUCCUGGACAAAGCGCCGAAAUCCGGCGGAUAUGACGCGGUGCGGCAGUGCGUGGUGCUGCUAGUGGGGUCGCUGGCACGACACCUGGAACCCAAAGACGCGCGCAUCAAACCCAUCACGCUGCGCCUCGUGGCCGCACUCUCCACGCCGAGCCAGCAGGUACAAGAAGCAGUAAGCAACUGUCUUCCGCACUUGGUGAGCUCGCCGGCGCUAGUGGACGAGAUCCCGGCCAUCAUGAACAAGCUGAUGAAGCAGCUGCUCACCGCCGAGAAAUAUGGAGACAGGAAAGGUGCCGCAUAUGGAAUCGCCGGUAUCAUCAAAGGUCUCGGCAUCUUGUCUUUGAAACAGCUUGACGUGAUGGGCAAACUCACCGAGGCAAUACAGGAGAAGAAAAAUUACAAAUACCGAGAGGGCGCCCUGUUCGGCUUCGAGAUGCUGUGCUACAAGCUGGGCCGGCUGUUCGAGCCCUACAUCGUGCACGUGCUGCCGCACCUGCUGCUGUGCUUCGGCGACAGCUCGCAGUACGUGCGCGCGGCCGCCGACGACACCGCCAAGCUCAUCAUGUCCAAGCUCAGCGCGCACGGCGUCAAGCUGGUGCUGCCGUCGCUGCUGCAGGCGCUGCAGGACGACAACUGGAGGACCAAGGCGGGCUCCAUCGAGUUGCUGGGCGCCAUGGCGUACUGCGCCCCGAAGCAGCUGUCGUCGUGUCUGCCGUCCAUCGUGCCCAAACUCAUCGAGGUGCUGAGCGACUCGCACAUGCGCGUGCAGGAGGCCGGCGCCGAGGCCUUAGGGGUUAUCGGCUCCGUUAUCAGAAACCCAGAAAUUCAAGCGAUCGUCCCGGUGUUGCUGGAGGCUCUGCAGGACCCGUCCAACCGCACGUCGGCGUGCCUGCAGACGCUGCUGGACACCAAGUUCGUGCACUUCAUCGACGCGCCGUCGCUGGCGCUCAUCAUGCCCGUCGUGCAGCGCGCCUUCCUCGACCGCAGCACGGAAACGCGCAAGAUGGCCGCGCAGAUCAUCGGCAACAUGUACUCCCUCACCGACCAGAAGGACCUCAUGCCUUACCUGCCCAACAUCAUCCCUGGCCUUAAGAGUUCGUUGCUCGACCCCGUACCUGAGGUGCGGUCCGUGUCGGCCCGCGCGCUGGGCGCUAUGGUAAAGGGCAUGGGUGAGAGCAGCUUCGAGGAGCUGCUGCCGUGGCUCAUGCACACGCUGACGUCGGAGUCCAGCUCCGUGGACCGCUCGGGCGCCGCGCAGGGCCUGUCCGAGGUCGUGGCCGGGCUCGGCGUGCACAAGCUGCACAAGAUCAUGCCCGACAUCAUCGCCACCGCGGAGCGCACAGAUAUCGCGCCCCACGUCAAGGAUGGUUAUAUAAUGAUGUUCAUCUACAUGCCGGGUGCCUUCACCGACGAGUUCACGCCCUACAUCGGACAGAUCAUAAACCCUAUCCUCAAAGCGCUUGCCGACGAGAAUGAAUACGUCAGAGAGACCGCGCUCAAGGCGGGACAGAGAAUCGUUAACCUCUACGCGGAAUCUGCUAUCACUUUACUAUUGCCAGAGUUGGAAAGAGGGUUAUUCGACGAUAACUGGCGUAUCAGAUACAGUUCCGUACAGCUUUUGGGAGAUCUCUUGUACCGCAUAUCUGGCGUCUCUGGUAAAAUGAGCACAGAGACAGCGUCUGAAGACGACAACUUCGGUACGGAACACUCGCAUAAGGCGAUCAUCAAUGCUCUGGGUCCGGAGAGGAGAAACAGAGUGCUGGCUGGUCUUUAUAUGGGUAGGAGUGACGUGGCCCUCAUGGUCAGACAAGCGGCGCUCCACGUGUGGAAGGUAGUAGUAACAAACACUCCCAAGACCCUCCGCGAGAUUCUGCCGACGCUGUUCGGGCUACUGCUGGGCUGCCUCGCCUCGACCAGCUACGACAAGCGGCAAGUCGCCGCCAGGACACUCGGAGACCUCGUGCGCAAGCUGGGCGAGCGCGUGCUGCCGGAGAUCGUGCCCAUCCUGGAGCGCGGGCUGCGCUCGGAGCGCGCGGACCAGCGCCAGGGCGUCUGCAUCGGGCUCGGCGAGAUCCUCGCCUCCACCUCGCGCGACGCCGUGCUCAGCUUCGCCGACGGACUCGUACCGACAGUGCGCACGGCCCUGUGCGACCCGCUGCCGGAGGUCCGCAUGGCGGCCGCGCGCACCUUCGACAGCCUGCACGCCACCAUCGGCAACAAGGCGCUCGACGACAUCCUGCCGCAGAUGCUGGAGGGACUCAAGGAUCCUGAUCCUGAAAUAGCUGAUGCCACACUUGAUGGUCUGAAGCAGAUAAUGGCCAUCAAGUCCCGCGCCGUGCUGCCGUACCUGGUGCCGGUGCUGACGGGCGGCGGCGCCGUGGACACGCGCGCGCUGUCGGCGCUGGCGGCGGCGGCGGGCGGCGCGCUGGCCCGCCACCUGCCGCGCGUGCUGCCCGCGCUGCUGGCCGCGCUGGCCGCCGCGCGCGCCGCGCCCGCCGACCCCGACGCCGCGCGCGAGCUCGACCACUGCCGCGACGCGCUGCUGCCCGUCGUCGACCCGCCCGGCGUGCGCAGUAUCAUCGACACGCUGCUAGAAACGAUCCGCACGAGCGAAGGCGACAAGCACUGCGCCGCAGCGUCCCUGCUGUGCGCGUUCGUGUCGCACACGCGCGCGGACCUGACGCCGCACGUGCCGCAGCUCAUCCGCGGCCUCAUCCUGCUGUUCGCGGACGACGACCACGACGUGCUGCUCAUGGCCUGGGAGGCGCUGUCCGCGCUGGCGCGCUCGCUCGACCCCGAGAAGCAGAUAGCGCACGUGUCUGACGUACGCCAAGCCAUCAGAUACGCCGUCACUGACCUUAAGGGCGAGACAUUACCAGGUUUCUGUUUACCUAAGGGCAUAGCACCUAUCCUCCCUCUGUUCCGUGAGUCCAUCCUCAACGGUUUGCCGGAAGACAAAGAAAACGCAGCGCUCAUGUUGGGAGAAGUUAUCAAGCUGACCUCGGCGGCCGCCAUCCAGCCUUCUGUGGUGCACAUCACUGGACCACUCAUCCGAAUUCUGGGAGACAGGUUCAACUCCAGCGUCAAGGCGGCAGUGCUAGAAACUUUAGCGGCCUUAUUAUCUAAGGUGGGCGUCAUGUUGAAGCAGUUCUUACCACAACUACAAACGACAUUCUUGAAAGCCUUGAACGACCCUAACAGGCCUGUGCGUCUAAAGGCUUGCACGGCACUGUCGCAGCUGGUGCUCAUUCACUCGCGAGCCGACCCGCUGUUCUUAGAAAUGCACAACAGUGCGCGGCUGGUGGAGGACCCGCUCAUCAAAGAGACAAUGCUGCACGCACUGCGCGGCGUUAUCACGGCAGGCGGCAGCAAGAUGUCGGAGAGCACGGCGCUGACCAUCCUGCCCACGUUCACGUCGGCGCACCUGCUGGGCGCGGGCGAGGACCCGCCGCGCAGCCAGGCGGCCGGCGUGCUGGGCGCGCUGCUGCACUGCCUGCCCGACUCGCACCGCGGCGCCGCGCUGCAGCACCACGUGCUGGGCCUGCAGCCCGCGCAGGACGACGCGCUGCUGCACGGCCGCUCCACCGCGCUCUACGUGGCGCUCAAGGAGACGCCCAAGCUGGUCUACGACGCCAACGAGGACAAGGUGGACAAGGCGCUGCUGGCGCUGCUCGCCAGCGACAAGAUCCCCGUCGCCUGCAACGGCCUGCGCGGCAUGGGCUACCUCAUCCGCUACCUGCUGCGCGAGGAGCGCCCCGUGCCGCAGGCCAUCCUGUCCCAGUUUGUUAGAAGUAUGAACCACUCGAGUAACGAGGUGAAGCAGCUGAUGGCGCGCGCGUCCAGCAUGCUGGGUCGCGAGGCGCCGCUGGGCGCGGGUGGGGCUUCCGCCGACGUGUUGCGCGCGCUGCUGCCCGCGCUCGUCAACGGCACCAAGGAAAAGAACACCUACGUGCGCGCCAACGCCGAGAGCGCGCUGCGGGCCGUGCUGCGCCUGCCGCAAGACGAACAGUUCCACCUGCAAUGCAUGGCGUUGCUAGAGGAAGGCGCGCGCGAGGCGCUGGGCGACGUGGUGGCCCGUGUGCUGCGCCGCAACGUCAGUGACGGCCGCGACGAGGAUUUGGAUUGCACGCUGCUCACCUGAAGGGCCAGGCCUCCCCAUGCCACUAAUUCAUAUUUACGAUUCAUUUUCAAACUCCUUGUAAAUACCUGCCAGCUACUUCUAAGUGCUGUUAUUUUUUAUAUAAACAAAUUGAAUGAA